GCAAGUUAGUUUGCUAGAAGUUAAACUCAGCUUUGACUCUAGGUUUGGCGCCACGCCACCUAUCGUUUCAAAUUUUCAAUGGGUAUCGAAACGGCAGGUCACGUGGCGCGGCCCGGCUUUAAACCAUAUGAUCUCCAUUUCUCUCUCUAAAAAUUAUUUUGUCCUUUUAAAUUUGAAUAACGUGUUCUUUUGUGAACUACAAAAAUCAUUUUCCAUUUGUAGAUCAUUUUUCGUCAUUUUUAAUUUCCAGUUUUGCGGAAUUUAACCUCAGUUUCUAUUAGUAAUUCUCUGUAAUUCAACAAUGGAAGCAAACUUCCAACGCUCACUCUCCGAUCUUCGCCACUUCUCUCCCAAUUUGGGGUUUCCUGCUUCUAGCCCUUUUUCCACCGUUAAACCCUUCCAUUCUCCGAAUCAAAGCUCCUUAACUCGUUGGCGGUCUCAGAAGGUAGGGUUUCGAUCAUUGGCCUCCCGGCUCUUGGUUUCUAAUUCGGUGACUAACCAGGAAACUGAGGCUGUUGAAGGAGGCAGAACUGAGAGUGUGGCCUCUGCGAGUCCCCUUUAUGUCCCCACGCCUCCCAACCGUGAGCUUCGAACUCCUCAUAGUGGGUACCAUUUUGAUGGAACCACGCGGCAGUUUUUUGAGGGUUGGUACUUUAAAGUCUCGAUUCCUGAGCGAAAAGAGAGCUUCUGUUUCAUGUAUUCCGUGGAGAAUCCAGCAUUUCGGAAGAAAUUGUCGCCCUUGGAAGUGGCACAGCAUGGACCCAGAUCAACUGGAGUUGGGGCUCAAAUUCUCGGGGCUUAUGACAAGUAUAUAUGUCAAUAUUCAGAAGAAUCCCAGAACUUCUGGGGAAGUAGACAUGAGCUGAUGUUGGGAAACACUUUUGUGGCUGAGAAAGGCAUGCAGCCUCCAUCUAAGGAGGUUCCUCCUCAGGAGUUCAAUAGGACAGUUUCAGAAGGUUUUCAAGUCACCCCAUUCUGGCAUCAGGGUUUUAUUCGCGAUGAUGGCAGGUCAGAUUAUGUGCAAACUGUGAAAACUGCACGCUGGGAGUAUAGUACCCGUCCUGUAUAUGGAUGGGGUAAUGUGGGAUCCAAACAACAGUCCACUGCAGGGUGGCUUGCUGCUUUUCCUGUAUUUGAACCCCAUUGGCAAAUUUGCAUGGCAGCAGGACUUUCAACAGGCUGGAUAGAGUGGGAUGGCGAAAGAUUUGAGUUCAAAGACGCACCUUCUUACUCAGAAAAGAACUGGGGUGGCGGCUUCCCAAGGAAAUGGUUUUGGGUUCAGUGUAAUGCCUUUGAAAGUGCAAAGGGAGAAGUUGCUUUGACUGCAGGUGGUGGUCUGAGGCAAUUGCCUGGACUAACUGAGACUUUUGAGAAUGCUGCCUUGAUUGGAGUGCAUUAUGAUGGAAUUUUCUAUGAAUUUGCACCAUGGAAAGGUGUUGUGACUUGGGAAAUUAGUCCAUGGGGUCACUGGUUCAUAACUGCAGACAAUGGGAUGCAUUUGGUUGAAUUGGAGGCAACAACAAAUGAUCCAGGAACAACAUUGCGUGCUCCAACAACAGAGGCUGGCCUUGCUCCAGCUUGUAAAGAUACUUGUUAUGGUGAUCUGAAAUUGCAAAUAUGGGAACGAAGAUAUGAUGGCUCUAAGGGCAAGAUAAUUUUGGAUGUUGCAAGUGACAUGGCAGCAGUAGAAGUUGGAGGAGGACCAUGGUUUAACACCUGGAAAGGGAAGGCAACUACACCAGAGCUUCUAAGCAGUGCUCUUAGAGUUCCCAUUGAUUUGGAUGGGUUCUUCAAUUUUCUUCCACCAUUCAAACCCCCUGGCUUAUAGGCGGUUGGUCAGGGCUUUCAUUGCAGAAAAUGGAUCUUUGCAACUGGAAAAAUGAGAUCUGACCGGUGUGGUAUGACAUGGUUCGAUGAUAUUCCAGCUGCCUGAAUCUUGGUGAAUAUUUCAACAAACAUGUACUUGAUCGCUCUUGUCCAUAUCUGUUCAUCGCUUCGAUGGCUCCAUAGAUAUUUGACACAUCCCAGCAUAUUUCAUUAGAAGUCGGUAUGAAUCAUUGCACUGCUAUUGAAAAUUCACUGUUUGCAUUAGUUUAGGUAAAAGGUCAAAUACUGAGGAUGCAAGUGUUCAAAUUAGGUGUAAAUUAAAGUUUUCAGGUAUCUGUACCAACUAAUUUUCUUUUCUUCUUCAUUCAAGAGAAUAUAUGUAUACAACAGGAACAAAGGGGCUGGGGUUAAACUAGAAAUAUGAAAAUCAUAUACUUUUCUUUUUCUUUUUAUUUAA